UCUAAAUAUCAUUUAAAGAAUGAAGUUUUUAUUUACAUGCUCGGUUUUUGAGAUACAAAGCGUGGAAAAUAUGUGAGCAUUAGGAAUAAUACUCACUGUUCAAAGCAAUGCAUGAUAAAAUCAUGUGCGCAUUCUAAAAUUAUCAACGCGCGAAAGAGUAUAAAAAAAAAUAAAAAACAACACACGAUAUCGCACAAAUACAAAAAAGUUAAUACGGGAACAUAAUGACAUCGUUAGAGAAUGAUAAAAGGUUAUCCGAAGUUUUGGAACUAUUUCUAUUACCUAAUUAUAACAUCGUCUCUACUACCUAUCUUGAUCUUCUAUUAUCCCACAUUUCUGAGAAUAUUAAAGAGUGCAACACAAGUGAUUAUGAGUCUUGUGAAUUGUUUCAAAAAUGGGUACUAAAGGCAUUAAAUGUUUGGGGAUCUGAGUGUAUUCCUUCACAACCUAUAAUUAUAUUUACUUUAAAACUUGUGGGAAUAGUUUCACGUAAUGAAUUACGUUUUCAUUAUUGGCAAUUUCAAGAUGUAUAUAAUAAGCUGUGUGAGAUUUUUAAAUUGCGUAAAGAUGAUUUACCAGUGUCUGUUAAAGUGGCUUAUACCACAAUGUUAUCCGACUUGAUCAAACAUAGAAGUGGUAGGCAAUGGAUUAUAGAUUCUGGAGUGUGGAAGGAUGUUGUAAAAUAUGCUCAGUGGAAUCAUACUCUGUAUGUUACCCGUGAAAGUCACAAAUUUUUGUGGCUUUUACUAUUAUAUGAACAACAAAAUAUAAAUUUUUGUAAAGAAGUAAUUUUAAUGGCAGCUGCACCAUUAAUAACUAAUAAUUUUGAGUCUCAAAAAUACCAAGUGCUGGAAGAUAAAUAUUUAGAUCAAAAUAAAUUGUUGUGUGCCACACUAGAUUUAUUAACCAACAUUAUUGAGAAUACAUUGUUUGAAAAUAUGGAUAACAUGAUACCUGAAUUAUGUCAAGAAGUCUUGGAUUUAGAAAUGAGAGUAAAAGCUCUCUUUGAAGCAUGUAUCAGUACAAAAAUUUUGUCACAUAUACAUAAGUUACUGUGUAUAUGUUUCUUUAUUCCACUAAAAAAAAACCUCAGAGAAGGAAAGAAAAUUAUAGAUGCUGAAAUAUCACAAAAGUUUUGUAGCCAUCUCAAUUAUAUAUCUAUGAUGCUUCUAAAGAAAACAUAUGUAAUAGAAUUAGUAGAAACAAACAAAUUUUUAAUGAUAUAUUGGAAGAAACUACAGUCAUUUCAUGAAUUUGUUUUUACUCAUCAGCAUAAAUUUGAACAUCAAGUUAUAACUCCAAUGGUUAUACCAUUGUGUAUGUGUAUUAAACAUACAUAUAAAGAUCAUGACCUUUUUGAUAUGUAUAUUACUAAAAUGUUUGACGUAACAUGUACAGCUGUACAAAGAUUAGCAUACAAUAUAAGAGAUGUUAUGUUUAAAAAUGAUUUACCAAUAACACGCAUUGCCAAAGUAUGUAUUGAUAUACUCUUAGAAAUAAUGGAUAUCAUGGAUAGGGAUACUGCAGUUAUUACAUUUCAAACACUGUGUCAUGUACUAAAAAAUUGUGUGCCAGAUACAUGCAAUGGAACUACAAAUAACAUAAAUAAUACCACAAAUUUAGAUAAUGGAUCAAAAAAAUCAAUAUUCAAGUCUCCAUUGGAAGGAGAUCCUAUAGUUGAUCAUCCUACAUUGUUAUCAUCACUUUUAAAUGGUUUGGCAGCCAUGACAGAGAAGUUCAAAUUAAAAUGGCAAGAAUGUGUAGAAACUAUAUGUUUGUUAUCAUUGGCCCAAGAAAUCUUAAAUCAUUCAGGAACAACACCUAUGAUUUGUGUGAAAGCUUUAAAAGUAUGUAAACUAGCAAUUCAAAAUUUUAUGCCACCUAAUUUAGUACUACUGAUUGAAACAGAUAGUCACAUGAAUGAAAUAGGACCAACAUUAUUCAAAAGAUUGCAUGAUAUAAACUGGGAAGUAAGAGAUAGUGUACUGGAAGUUUUGAAUACUAUUGCUAUAAUUUCAGAAGACAAAUAUCCAGCAUUUCAAGAAUUUUUAUUGGCGAACGAGUUUCUGGAACUAGCGGUUAAAAUUGCCAAAACAGACAAUGAAAGCUAUGUUCGAGCAUCUGCUUUAACUUUUAUUUCGACUACUGUUCGGAUAAAAAAAUUAUGGGACAAAAAAUUAUCGCAGUUUGAUCUACCUGAUAUUGCGAUCAAUCUUUUUAAUAACGAAAGCGAGGCUAUAGUCAGAAAAGAAACUGUAAUUUUAAUAAAAGAGUUAUACGUCCAUCGUAAAUGGCCGAGAAACGUUAUCGAUUCUAUGUCACAAGCAAUGGCAACAGCUGCUGUAUUCGACCUUCAUUGGGAAGUGAAAAUAAGCGCUCUAGAAUUCUGGAAGCAAUUUAUAAAAUCACAUUUGUCUGAUCAGGGGGUAUUGGAUGAUCACUUUCCAAAAGUAACAUUUUCAAAGGAACAUAGGAAAAUUGUAUCACUUAAUGAAACUGAAAUAAAACGAAGACUUAAUAAAGCACUGGAUGAAUUAGCAAAACAAAAUUGUUUGGGGGUCCUUUUAGUUACUCUGGAAGAUGACAGUGAUUUUGAAGUAUGCAAAACAUCGGCGGCUGUAAUAAAUAAACUAAAGACAUUCCUUUUGAAAUACAAACUCAAUGAACCUUUACCACAGCUGCCUCUACCCAAAGACAGUGCUACAUUAGAUACCUCUUACGUCAAAUACGAAUUACCGGAUAGUAUUGCAAGUUCCAAUUCUGAACAAGUGUUCAGUAAUUCCAGUAACGUGAUCGAAGAAAUUGUAGAUGCUAACGACGCAAAUUUGCUAGUUUCUAUUUACAAAAAUUCUAUGAAAAUGGAUGGUGAAAUGAAAAAGUCAGAGGAAAAAACCUUGCAAUAUAUUUCUUGUGUGACGAGGCAUAGUUUCCUUCAAACAAUUUUUAAUUCAGAUAUUAAUGCUUACAUCGAAGAGAAAAGCCGAUGGUUGACUACGUACACUACCAGCUUUGAGUCUGUUUUGGAUGAUAUAUUAACGGUGUACAAGCGGGGAGAUGUGAAUUCAAUGGACUGUUACUGAUUAUAAGUAAUAUUCCUUAUAAAUUGUAUAAUAAUA